UGAGCUGCACCUCCAGCCCAUUUUGCUCUGGUUAUUUUGGAAAUGGAGGCCUCUCAAAUGAUUUGCCUCGGCUGGCCUUGAACUACGAUCAUCCCAAUUUCAGUCCCCCAGGUAGCUAGGAUUACAGAUGUGAGCCACUGGCACUUGGCUCAGUUAUAUCUUUAUGCGUCUUUUACACAUACACAAUACACAGAAAUGGGUUAACUCUUAAAGCGUUUGUGCUUUUAUACUUUGUAUCUCUCUAAUGGACUCUAGUACUUAUAGGUAGGUGCUCAAUGUAUGUGUGUGUUAAAUAAAGUCAGUGAGUUCCUUAAAGUGGAUUAGAAAUGAGUUCAGAAACUGUCUGGAGGGAAAUACCAAAUUCAUUCACUAAUUUAUGAUGUUUUUUCUUCAUUGGCUAUGUGUGUAUUAUAAUCCCUCUUCCCGCUGAGUAGACACCAUGAGUAAAGCACACCCUCCCGAGCUAAAAAAAUUUAUGGACAAGAAAUUGUCAUUGAAAUUAAAUGGUGGCAGACAUGUCCAAGGAAUAUUGCAGGGAUUUGAUCCCUUUAUGAAUCUUGUGAUAGAUGGAUGUGUGGAGAUGGCAACUAGUGGGCAACAGAACAAUAUUGGAAUGGUGGUAAUACGAGGAAAUAGUAUCUUCAUGUUAGAAGCUUUGGAACGAGUUUAAAUGAUGACAGUUCAGCAGAGAAAUCCACGUGCCCUCUCCAAAGGGCCUGUUUUACUAUGAAGUAAAAAUUGUGUUGUGUACAUUUUCAUAUUAACUUUUUUGUUAAAUAAAGUUUUGUAAUAGUCAAAAAAAAUAA